UUCGAAGUGUCAAAUUCCGUCAGUUGAGUAGAGACGUUUUCGCAAGAUAUUGGUCGUAAGACUGUCGACAAGUCGAAGGUUGUUUUCCUUGGCCUCGUGGACGCAGUUUCAAACGCCUACGCGCUGUUUAUGCAUCCGUUCUCGACGUGAAAUAGAUGCCGGUGGCUACUUGCAUCGAAUUUCAAUGAAAGGAUGACAACGCAACAAGCAAAAUAUGAGUUGCUGAAGGAGCACAAUAGUGACAGGAAUAAUUACACCUGUUUGCGUGCCUGCGCUUUAGUUCUGCUGUGUACGGCCUCCACAAUUGCAGUGUUCACUACUUGGAAUUUCAUCUACAAGCAGUCACUGAAUAUUCCACCGCAGCUUGUCAAUAUUCCGGAAUUUUGGAUAAAACGUGCGCAGGUGUACUCAUUUUAUUUUACGAAUGCCGACAGAGUUAGUUACAAUAAAACAACAAACUUAGAUGACUUUUCCACACAAGACAGCCAUAUUGAUGGCGUCAAACAAAUUGGCAAUGAAAGAAUUUACCCAUCAAAACUGGGAAAUUUCAUAUAUAAAUCGCCGACGCAAGAGUCAGAUUUGAAACUAGUAUGCUACUAUGCAGCACCGCCAUCAACCGCAAAAUCGAAUCAACUUUAUCCGCAAAAUAUUGAUCCUCACUUAUGCACUCAUAUUAACGUUGGCCUUAUAGAAAUAGAGAAUAAUCGCUUAGUAAUAGAUGACCGCCUGAUAGAUUUAUUUAAUCAAACGAAAGAAUUGAAAAUUAAGAAUAAAAAUUUGAAAAUACUAUUAUGGGUGGGAGGCGCCGAAUCGAAAGGAUUUUCCGAAAUGGUGGCGAAUCAUGCAAAUCGAAAGUUAUUUAUUCAAUCUCUGAAAGAAGCUCUAGAAACAUAUCGAUUAGAUGGUAUUGAUCUUGACUGGGAAUUUCCGAGUGCCUACAGACGUGAGCGACAGCAUUUCUCGCAAUUGCUACACGAAAUUCGACGGGAAUAUCAGCGAGAACAUCGAACGUAUCUACUGAGUGUUGCAGCCGCUGCACCCGAAGGAAUUGUGUAUUUUGCUUAUGAUAUUGGUGAAAUAAAUAAUUAUGCUGAUUAUGUUAACAUUAUGACAUACGAUUAUCACUUCUAUACACCUAGUACACCAUUUACAGGUCUAAAUGCACCUUUGUACGCACGUCAGAAUGAAUAUUCUUUAUUAGGCACAUUGAAUAUCAAUUACACUGUUAAUUACUGGGAAUCUCAUGGCCUGAAUAAAAGCAAAAUUGUUAUCGGACUCCCAACAUACGGCCACUCGUUCAGGCUUGUGAAUCCAUAUAACAACAAGAUCGGUAGUCCAGCUGAGAGUAUAGGUCGCGUUGGAACCAUGGGCUUUGCUUCAUAUUCGGAAAUCUGUUGGUUCAAGCAGAAUAAUAUCUACGUGCAGACAGUAUAUGACGUAGAUACGUGCUCGCCGUAUGUUUAUUCAGGUUUGGAGUGGAUUUCGUAUGAGGACGAACGUAGUCUCGAGUGCAAAACCCAAUUUAUUAAGGAGAAUGGCUAUGGAGGAGCGAUGAUAUUUUCCCUAAAUACGGAUGAUUACGCAUCACAUUGCGAAGUGAAAGAGGAAGGCAACGGAAACUUGAAAAGCACCAAUUCAACAUUUCCAUUGUUAAGAAAAAUACAUUCGAUUCUAUUUGAAAAUAUUAAGUGAUCAUCUGAAAAUUGAAUAGUAUUACAGAAAGCAUUCCGAAUAGUAGAUUUCAUGCUAUAAUUGAUCUUAUGAGCAAGUCACCACUUUUGUAACUUGUUAAAAAAUGAAAAUAUCUAAACCGCUUAUUGCCUCGUUUUAUGAAAAAUGUAAAUUGAAAACAUCAAAACGCAAGCAUAUAAGUAAUUCAGGCCGAGCUUAUUCCUAAACAUCAAUUAGAACGUUGUACUAGCUUUAAUUAGAUUGUAUUAGAAGUCGACGGAUGAGGGUCAGAGUGGAGAACUACAGUCGUAUAUUGUUAUCAAUUAGAUUUUAUAUUUAUUAUAAAUGCUAUGAGUAUGUAUAAUUAUUGUUAAUCAAUUUAGUUUUAUAUCUUAACUGGUCACACAAGCGUUCUACGCAUCAAUAUAUCUCUACGUUUGCGGAAUAUAAUUGAUGGGCGGUAUUUUAUUCUCUACAAGAAGAUUUUUUCUUUGCAAAAUAAUGUAAUAGAUAAGUGGACCUAGCGUUGAAAAAUCUUUUUGCGCUCACUUCCACGUUUUUUUAGCAUGGGCUGGUAGAGUUCAAUCAAAAAUAUUAAAGUGGAAGUAUUAAAAUUGAUUAGUCAAGGUUCGUCUUAGUUUUAGUUGUACAACAAAAAUAUCAAAAAUUCCUUGAGAGAUUUUGAGAUUUUAGCUUAUCAUAUGUACCAGCAUUUUCUUUUCCAAUGUUCAAUCCGCUUGUGUGUAUAUUUAUCAGAAUUGGGCUUUGGGGGAAAUAUCGUACAAUUACAGUAUACUACAUUACUUUAUGACUAAAUUUCUUUACUAGUUUAAUUUUAUUGGCACGAAAAUCUCCGCCCUAAAGCAAGUUGCGGGCAAAUUUUCAUGGGUAAAUUUGUUUUAUUCAGACUAUUGGCAUGUCUUAUCUUCCAAGGAUUCUUUUUUUACUGAUUCGUACAAGAAUUCUAGCUAAGUUAUUGCUUUAAAUUGUGAUAUCAAGUGAAUUUAGAUGCAUUUUAAUUAACGAGUGAUUAUUUUUCGCAAUAUAAGUGCAUCGUUUAUAUUCGCAAAAAAAAAAUAGGAACGCCUUUUUCCUCUUCUAAGUAUUGUCACUAUAAUUCGAAUUGUUUUUUGGUGUACUGAAUAAAGUGGGUUUUAAUAUCAUAACCGGUGCAAGAAGGUACAAAAAUAUGCGAAUGCGAAAAAUACAUAUAGUUGAAUAGAUUGUUUUAGUUAUUUUAUUUUCCACUGGUUAAGCAUUAACAUAUAUGAAAAAUAUUCCUGGGUGCCAAAUGUAUCGUUAUUUAUUGUUUUAUUCAAUAUACUUGUUUUAUUUUAUCCGUAAUAAUGAAAUGAUAUUAGCUUUUGUUCAUCUAUUCAGUAUGAGAUAUUCUAAAAUGAGAACAAUUGUGUUGUGAUUUAUAUAAAAGAUAUUAUUUGAAGAAUUUGAUAAAUCUCAUUGUACAAUAAAAAUAAAGUGAGUCUUUAAAAAAAAUGAAACCAGCAGUAA